UAAGAAAAAUUGUAAUUUUUUUUAUUAGGUUGGGCUUCGGGUUUUUUAUUAGAAACCCUUAAUGAUGGCAUUUCAUGGAAAAUGCUAUCUCAGUGCUUUUCUGACAUUAUUUGCAUUCAGCGUUCUCUUCGAGUCAGGAAGAAAGCUUUUGAUAGGACAAUUACAGAGCUUGACCAAAAGACAGCAGAGGAAGCAUUGGCCAAUGAAGUACUAGAAAAGUUGGGGGGUUUGGUAAGAGAGUGCAAGGGCAUAGAAAGGAAGCUUUCAACAACCUAUAGUUUGGGUAGGGAAGGAGUUGGAUUACAACCACAGCAUGCCCUUCCCCUGUAUGAUGGGAGCACAAAGAGCUACUCUUUUCAAGGUACUAAAAGAGAGAGCUUUACCAUCUUUCACAAAGAGCUACUGUUGAAAAGCUAUGGGCCUCUUAGUUUCCACAAGGUCCAGCCACAACUCUUCAUCACCCAGAUAACUGUUAGAAAUAUCUAUUUGUAAGUGGAGCAUGUGUCUCAACUGUAUAAAGAUGGAUCAUAUCCACUCUUUUGAGCCAGAGGACAAGUUUAUUAUGGAUAAUCAGCACUCUGAGUUUUUUGCCACUGAGGGUGCUUCUGUUCCAUCUCUAAUUAAUCAGGAAGUUGGUUUCUCAGAUGAGGCAUGGACCAUUCAAUCAGACAACCUUAAGGCCUUGCCAAAACUUAAUGAGUCACAUGCUAUAAAAUAUUAGAUCAUCAAGUGUGUAGACAGUAGGUAGACAUUGCUUAAGAAAUGAACAUAAUCUGUAAAGUACAAGUUGUGUAGAAGUAUGAUACAACCACUAUAUAUAUAUGUGUGGUUCUUCUUUUCUUUUUUUGUCUUUCAUUUAACUUUUAAGUGAUUUCUGAUAAGUUAUUUCCAGCAACAUCUAGCUGAUAGUGUAACAUUUAAAAAUUGUAUUGCUUCCUUGACGGGUUAUUGGAGGCUUGGUUAUAGUUAUAAUGCUUCCUCUUGUGUCACUAACUACACAAUCCGCUUCCUACGCGUUCACUCAUUUUGAGAUAUCUGAGUCAACUGGGAUAACAAGCAGUGUAUAUGCUGCCAUUCUAUCUGUUCUUGUUAGUCAGUACUCUCUAUAUGGACAUGAUGCUGCAGCUCAUCUCACAGAAGAAACAAAGGGUGCAGACAAGAAUGGUCCAAUUGCAAUCCUUUCUAGUAUAGGGAUCGUUUCAUUAUUUGGAUGGGCACACAUAUUGGCUCUUACUUUCAGCAUUCAGGAUCCAAGCUACUUAUAUGAUGUAAACAACGAAACUGCUGGAGCAUUUGUACCAGCCCAAAUACUUUAUGACGCAUUUCAUGGGAGGUAUCAUAAUGCCGCAGGAGCAAUAAUUUUACUCUUUGUUAUCUAGGGAUCCUUCUUCUUUGGUGGCCUUUCAAUUACUAC